AUGGCUAAGUUAGAAGAUCUGCCUGAUGAGUUGAUCCUCAACAUACUCCACAGGAUUACUUCUAACAAAGUUGACCAGACCACUCUAGUAGGUUUCGCGCAUGUUGCAAAGAAAUACCAACCCGUCGCCGCGGAGUUUCUAUGCCGUGCGCCUAUCCUUCCCGUAGGAUACAAUCAUCAUGGUGCUGUUAUGCAAUUCCUCCGAGCGUUGAUUAAGGAUCCGAAACUCGCGAAUUUCGUGCAUCGUCUCGUCCUUCCAGUCACUAAGCGACUGCACAGCGAACAGUCCGAAUGUAAAGACCAACAAUGCGUGCGCGGUUUAAAAGAUCUCGAAGAUGAUAUAGAGCGCCGAGUGGGCUUCAAUUAUAAGCUUUGCACCCAAGUUGAGGGCGAGAAAGAGAUUCCCAUCGACGGAAAGAUCGGGGGACAAACGAUGCCUGCAUGUUAUUUCGAGCCGUCACUCGGUGGCCUUAUCCUCAGCCUGCUCCCCAAUCUGAAAAAAUUAGACAUACAAACCUAUCAAGAACCGUUCGGCCCGUCGGAACAUGGUAAGGUACUGCCAAGGAUCACCGAGACGACAGUGCAGGACUGGUUCGGUGCGCAAGGGAGUCAAGUUCGCGACAAUGCCAUUAGUGGUCUAAGUGGUUUGCAACACCUGACCUGUGAAGAGAUCACAGACUUUGACUUCUUUCGAGCCCCGAAUCUGAAGUCGCUGAGCUUACAGUGGGACACCUUCUUGGGAGCGAACCCUAUCGCAGCCCCGAUACCCGCAGUCAUUUCUACCAGCAUCACUUCUAUACAUUUUGAGCUGGGGAUUCAAAUGCUUGAUGGUAGGAGGUGCGUCAGAAGCGAAUAUCUCCACGCACUUUUACAGGGUUUGCCAGCGCUUCGGAAGAUAGACGUGUGUCUUACCUACCCUGAGCGGCACUCUCACCUUGACUUUGAAGAAAGAGACGAUCUAGGUUGGGAUAGUGUCAUCGUAGCUCUGAAACAUGCAGCGCCAACGCUGGAAGCGUUGUCUAUCGAUGUCGAGGUACCCUUUACGGAUGAAAGCAUAUCGACACGGGCCCGGUCCAUUGGCACUUCACUGCGCCAUCAUAAGUUUGACAAACUGAAACGGCUACGCAUUACGAAUGAAGCGCUAUGCAGCGUACAAAUGAGCCAUAGAGUUGACUCGGUCGACUCACUUCCCCUGGGACUAGAAUCUAUCGAGGUCGUAGACCCUGAUUACCGCACAGUGGUUUGGGUGGACGCUCUCACAGUUCGUAAACGGGAGGGGAAUCAUGCCGCACUACAUAAAGUUUCACUGAGACAGCGAGAUUGGGUCGAGGCCGCGCAAGUCUUGUCAGAUGCGGAAGGGAAGGGCAUCGCGGUUAUUAGAGCCACCGUGCCCACUCACUAGCUGCUGGAGCACUGUGAGCAAUAGACUGGGCAGAGCGUCUUUAGAUAGAGUUAAUCCGUUGC